AUGGCCAAUAUGGACACACCUGUGCGCCUUACCGUUCUCAUAUCCGGCAAUGGCUCCAACCUCCAAGCAGUGAUAGACAAGACACAGCAAGGACAACUCUCGACACAGAUCGUGCGCGUCAUCUCCAACCGCCAGAAUGCGUAUGGUCUCGAGCGGGCUCGACAGGCCAACAUCCCCACGCAAUACCACAACCUGGUGAAAUACAAAAAACAGCACCCUGCUACACCAGAGGGUAUUCAGGCGGCGCGGGAAGAGUACGACGCCGAAUUGGCCCGAUUGGUACUGGCUGACAAGCCGGAAAUGGUGGCUUGUUUGGGAUUCAUGCAUGUUCUGUCGCCGAGGUUCUUGGAGCCGUUGGAGGAAGCUAAGAUUAAUAUCAUCAAUCUGCACCCGGCUCUGCCCGGGGCAUUUAAUGGGGCGAACGCUAUUGAGCGUGCGCAUGCUGCUUGGUUGGAAGGGAAAAUCGAUAAGACGGGUGUUAUGAUCCAUAGAGUCAUUUCGGAGGUGGAUAUGGGGCAGCCCAUCCUGGUCAGGGAAAUUCCGUUUGUGAAGGGGGAGGAUGAGGAUCUGCAUAAGUUUGAGCAGAAGGUGCAUGAGGUUGAGUGGGGAGUGGUCAUUGAGGGGGUGAAGCUUACGAUCCAGGAGGUCAAGGAGAGCAGGUAG